CCGCGAGCUGCCCGGCGGAGAUGAGCGGCCGCUGCGCACGUGCGGAGGCGGCGGCAUGGAGCCUGCGGCGGCGCCCGAGGCAGAUACGCUGGUAGAGAGAGAGGAGGGCGGCCGCCGCGAGGGGAGAAGCGCAAGUAGCAAUUGGUCUGGAAGUCUAAUUGUAGCGUCUUUAACUGGUGCUUUUGGGUCGUCUUUUCUUUACGGUUACAAUCUCUCUGUGGUGAACGCACCUGCAGUGUAUAUCAAGAAGUUUUACAAUGAAACUUGGGAACGAAGAUAUGGCUUCUCAAUGGAUGAAAGCACCCUGACUCUCCUCUGGUCUAUAACUGUUUCCAUCUUUGCCAUUGGUGGUCUUGUGGGUGCUAUUAUCGUUACACCAAUUGUGAAGUUCUUUGGAAGGAAAUGUACGCUGUUGCUCAACAAUGUCUUUGCAGUGGCAGCUGCAAUACUGAUGUCACUCUCUCAGGUGGCAGGAUCAUUUGAAAUGCUCAUACUGGGCCGCAUUAUAAUGGGAGUUGAUGCAGGCAUUUCCUUGAGUGCUCUUCCCAUGUAUCUGAGUGAAAUAUCUCCUAAGGAAAUUCGUGGUUCAUUGGGUCAGGUUACAGCAAUUUUCAUCUGUGUCGGUGUUUUCAUGGGGCAAGUCUUGGGGCUGCCAGAGAUAUUUGGGACAGUAAUAUCUUUUCCAUUUUUGUAUGGAAUCUCGGUGGCCGCAUUGAUACAAGUAGUGAUUCUGCCUUUUCUUCCUGAAAGUCCUCGUUACCUCCUACUUGAAAAACAUAAUACCAGCAAGGCAGAAAAAGCAUUUCAGACCUUCCUUGGGAAAGAAGAUGUGUCUCAAGAAGUAGAAGAAGUUCUGGCAGAGAGUCGAGUCCAAAGAAACACCAAAUUAGUGUCAGUGCUUCAGCUCCUUAGAACCCGUGCUGUACGAUGGCAAGUGAUCACUGUGGUUGUCACCAUGGGAUGCUACCAGCUCUGUGGGCUAAAUGCAAUCUGGUACUACACAAACAACAUCUUUAGUGAAGCUGGAAUCAACAGAGAAACAAUCCCAUACGUUACUCUAAGCACUGGUGCUGUUGAGACCCUUGCUGCUGUUUCUUCUGGCUUAGUUAUUGAACGGCUUGGACGCAGGCCUCUUCUCAUCGGGGGUUUUGGGUUGAUGAUUGUCUUCUUUGCAGUUCUUACUGUGUCUCUGACUUUGCAGAAUAAUGUGUCUUGGCUUCCUUACCUCAGUAUAUUUUGCAUUCUUGCAAUUAUUGCAUCGUUCUGCAUUGGACCAGGUGGGAUCCCAUUUGUCCUCACAGGAGAGUUUUUCCAGCAGUCUCAGAGGCCGGCCGCAUUCAUGGUAGCUGGGACAGUCAACUGGCUCUCCAACUUUGCAGUCGGACUGCUCUUCCCUUUCAUUCAGAGUGGUUUGCAAACCUACUGCUUCCUCGUGUUUGCUGCCAUCUGCUUUGCAGGAGCAACUUACCUGUUUUUUGUCCUGCCUGAAACAAAGAAUAAGACACUGAAUGAGAUCAGCCUUGCAUUUGCCAAAAGAAAUAAAGUUUCCUUGGAAAUGCAAGAAAUGAACCAUUACCAUGAAGAGAGGAAAUCAAGCGCUGAGCAAGAAUCAAACUUCACUUCUUCAGUGGACAAUGGGGAAACAAAACAAGCAAUUGUGUAAAACAUGGAUGUUCUUUUAGGGUGGCUGGGGGAAAAAAAUGUGUUCUUUUCAUUGAGUAUUUUGAGUAUAUUGUAUUUUUAAUGUGACAACAUGAACUACUUCCUCUGCAGAUAUGUUUUUAAGUGAGUAUGGGUGAACUCGUUAGCAGCUAGGGUGAUGUAGGGGAAGUUGGAGGCAGAGUAGCAGCAGCUGUUUAAAUAAAUAAGAGCCAGAGUUUUCUUGGACACCUGCAAAGUAGUGGGUUGGAGGAAUAUAGAGCUGGGGAAGCAUACUGGCUGUGGGGAGCAGUAGUUGGCCGGGCACUGUUGUGUGCUGACAGUGAGGCGUGUGUAUACCUGGCAGGAGAUGAAUGGGUAGGAGUGCCAGCAGGGAUAGGGUUGCUAGGAAUCAAUGUGAGCCAGCCUGAAAUGGGAUCAGCUUGCAUUGCUCCCAGUCAGUAAGCCUACACAUGAGAAGUAAGGAAAAAGAAGACAGGUGACACUUCAACCUUCCAGUCCUUCUUCAGCUAUUUUGGCUUUUCGCUGCUUCUUAUGAAGACCUCCCAGCUUUUCAUAACUGGGGAGCUGCAGGGCCUGAUACGUUUCUCUAUCUGUCCCGCAAAUCAUGAUCUAUCAUUUUCCCAUAGUUUCUGAGUUAGCUGGCACUGUGUUUCUGUGAGAUAGGUACAUAUAUUUUUGUAGGACUAUUUCUAGAACUUUUAGUAUGAAAGGAAAUCUAACCCUCAUAUUGAAGGGAAAGAACUUUGAUAGUAGUUGUAGGGUGUAGCAUUGAGAAGAUAAUCAAAUGCCAAGUUUCCCAAAGGUGUUUGUUGUUAAUUUUUCUCUGGAGUUGGUUUUCUUUUCUUACUUCCUGUUUGUGUAAAAUUUCAACAAAUUCCUCUUUUUCAAGUUCCUUUUAGAACAAGUCUUAGAAGCCAAAAUUUUCCUGAGACCCUGUAAACAUCAUUUCUCAACAGCUGGAUUUCCAAAGGAACUUGGGAACCUAUUUCUUAUUUGGACAUUAAUUUAAUUUGGGCUUAAUUCUUAAACUCUGGACCUUCUCCUUGUUUAUAAGUUUCUAAGCUAUUUCAUGCUCUUUAAAAAUGGCCUCAAGGUCUGCAUAAUGAUAGCAAGGCUCAGCAGGUUGCCAGGUGGUUGGCUUUCAUUUAGGAUAUUUUUAAUGAACUUUAGUUUUUGUAAUUACACUAAUGUUUUUUCUUGACUCUUUGAGUAACUUGGAUGAUAAGGCUGGAAAUAAGCACUUGAAUAGCUGUUGUUUCAUAUGAGAAGCCAGUAAGUCUUAGUGCUGCUCUUAGAGAGGAAAAUGGAACAAGAAGCAAGCGCAGCAUUUAGGUAGAGACAGCUGCUUCCAUAAGUUAUAUUUACUAAUGCUUAAGUAAGUUCAUAAAUUUGGGAUUUUUAAAAUAUAUAUAUAUGUAUAUACUUAUAUAUAUCCAGAAUAUAAAUGUAUAUAUGACUAUACAUAUAUUCAUAUAGAGAGAGAGAAAUAAAUGGAGAAUUGCUUUCUAUUAAUUGUUCUGUUCAGGCUUCCCUGACUAAACAAGAUGGUUAUUGUUUUGCUUCAUACUGUAAAUUAAGAUCAGAGAUCCUGAUAGCUAUUCUAAAUGAUGCAUCUGUGAUUUAUUUAUUUGUGAUAUAUUUGCUGCACACAUUGUAAGCAUAAAUUGCCUAAUAGGGUAAUUUCAUCACUGGGUAACAUAAGAAAAUUGUUCUAAGACUUUCUGCCUGGAUUUAUGCUGUUUCACUGGGAUAGAAAUUCAGCAACAAAUAAGAUGAAAAAAAUAAAAAGAUACAUGUAAGGAAGAGAGUUAAGAACGAAGAUUCAGAUUUAUGAUACUUGUGCUACUCAUAAGAAACGGAGUGAAUCAGAACUGUACCAGCUGAUCAUGAGAUGUACAAGUUAAUCAAAUACCACAGAGAAAAAUGAAGAAAGGUGUUUUCAAAAACCCCUCCUAAAGUUCUAUACGUAGCAAAUGAAUAUGUCUUCUUUCAGUGGCUCUUGUUGCCUAUGUGAUAUGUUACAUGAGGCUUGCUAAAUGGUGGCUAGGUAAAAAAUGAACUUGAACACCACCCCUGCAGACCAUUUCCAGAAGAAAUUCUUCUACUGCCUGUAGGGCAAGACUGGCAAGUUCAGACCCUCUCAUUCAGGUUGAAAAUUACUUUGCAAUUAGAGCUACUGACAUGAGAUAAUGUGAUCUGACUGAGAUGAGGUGGCUGGACUAGAAUCCAUUAUUAUUAUUACAAUUGGAAAAAUAUAGCACUCAGUGCUAUUCAUUGAUGUGCACUACAGAAACACUGUCAACAAGUAAUGCCUAUCAGAUAUCUUCAAUAAAAUAUCAUGAUGGCUUGGCAGAGAAGUUCAGUUGGACUUCUUCAACAGGAUAAAAUUAUCUUACAAUUGCUUACAGUUCCAUCUGGAGCCCAGCUAUAAACAUGUUGAUGAAAGGAUUUUCAAUAGAACUUCAUAUCGCAGCUCAGGGGAUUGUGCAGUAUUAACAAUAGGGGCUGAGUCCCCCUUACCCAUCUCUUGCCAUAGACCAGUUAGACACACUCCAGAUACACACUUUCUGCAGACAGUGGCUGCAGACAAGGACAGCAGUUGCCAGCAGUUGCCACUCCUGUGCCCUUUGCUCCAGCCCAUGGCUCAGUUGCAAAUAGUUCCAGCCUCCAGAUGUACUGGUGCAGUUGCUCUGCUUGCUGGCUAAAGAAGUGGCUGCUGUCUCCUCUGCCUGGGGCUGUGGAGGUUUCUGUGGAAGCUGCAGAUGUGCAGGUGCUGUGUAACUUCUCAUCUCUGACUCUGAAGAGAGUUUUGUGCUGUUAAAGUUGUUCAUGUUUUUCAUUUCCAAUGAUUUGCUGCUAUAGCUUCUCCAGCAAUGAGAGGACAACAUGGAAAAUAUCUCAAAUGUAUUGUUUGGUUUUCUUGUUGAACAUGUCAAGCUGUCUGUGGCCAUGUGUUUGUCAGUGGUUCUGUGUGGGGCCAGGUUCAGUUCUCCUGUUUCAAUGAGACACCAUUACUUUGUGUUCUUUUGUACAAGCAUCACAGGUGGGUUGUGUGUGCCUGAUCAGCUAUGUCCACGCACAAAGGUGGCAAAAUAAAUCUGCAGAAUUAAAUAUGUGAUGGAAGUUAAAUCUGUCUGCGUUCAGCUCCCCGGACAUUCUGUAUGUCCCAGUACAAGGCUGUACGUCCCUUCAUAUGAAUGACUCAACUCAAUUUGGACUCUGCCUUUGGCUAGUUGGGAGUUAUGGCGAAGAAAAUUUAGCUCUGAAACUGUAUAUUUUAUGGAGUUGUACUUACAUUCUGCUUCCCAAGACAGAUUCCGCACUUUAUUCUUUCAUAUGUUUAUAUUAGGCUGUGGAAAUAAAAAUACAGGCAUAAGUGAGGGGUAAAUGAUUAAAACUGGCUAGUGGUAGAAAUAAAGAUGUGUAAGAGUUAUUGAA